UGAAACGAAAGGGCUGGGUUUGUGAGACGCUGGCCACUUCCUACUUUUCUUUUAUAGAAUUAAGUUGAAAAUAAAGUUCAUUUAUCAUUGUCAGCACGCGCUCAAGUGAUCAUGGGGAAAAUUGAGUGGGCGAUGUGGGCAAACGAGCAAGCUCUGGCUGCUGGACUCAUUUAUGUGACUGGUGGUAUUGUCGGGGUGGCUGGUCAAUUCAGGGGUUGGCAGUUUGCAGCUUUUGGAAUUGCUGCCGGUGUUUUUGUGUGUUUGCUUGAAUAUCCACGAAGCAAACGGGGCAAAGGCACUAGCGUUGAGAGAACUGGUCAGUAUUGCUUCACAGUUUGUGUAAAGGCUUUUGGACCCCUGACCAGAAACUAUUACGUCAGAGCAUUCUUGCACGCUGCACUGUGUGUUCCAGGGGGGUUCAUGUUAGCCACAGUUCUGGGAUGUGUGUGCCUAGGAAUUGCCAGUUUAAUCUAUCUUUCAGCAGCUAUUCACGGAGAGCAUUGGGAGCCCAUACUGCCCCGCACAGAGCCACCAAAGCGUGUUGGGGAUAGCAUCAAAGAACCUCCUCAAAACCCUCCACCUCGGCCUCCUCCUGAACUCCGCCGGAAGAAAGCAGAUAAACUAGAGACUGCUGCAUAUGACAAUCCCAUGUCUGUGACCGUCAAUGAGUAAGGAUUCCAUUGUGAAAACAGUAACCUAUUAUUCAAGGAGGCUUCAGUAAAAAGUAACUGUAUUAAUAUGAAACAUUUAUGAGAUUAUAGUAAAAACUUGCAUCAAGACAGAGAGUGAGCUAGCACUGACUCGUACCAUGUUUAUUUUAUAAUAUGUAUGCUGUGUAACUCUUGAUAAAUUUGAAACAUUCCAGAUAUUAUUACUAUUAAUAGAGGAGCAAUUUUUGUGUAAGAUUUUUUUAUCAUCAAUAUAAUCAUCGAAGAAUAAAAUCAUUUUACUGGGUUGCUGUAAAAAAUUAAUACAUUGUGUAUAUUUACCUCGAGAGUGUAUAUAGUUAUGUCUUAUCUGGUACAAUAAACUCACGAUGUACUUAAUUCAAUAAUUUAUCUAUAAAAUAUUGCCAAAUUUAAUUUCCUUUUUAUGUGUUGUGCAUAUGUAUAACCUAAUGCUGUGGUGUUUCAUUUACAAAUCAACUUUUUGAAAUGUAGCAACAUUUUUUUUCUCUAAAAUGAAUGGCAUCCUGAAAUGUCUAUAUUCAUAACAACAGGUCGUGUUUUGAAAUCCUCCAUUACUCAACAAGGAACAAGGAACAAGGAAGUUAAACUUGCUCAAAUAAAAAAUGAAACUCAUUGUCCUUUGUGCUCGUUGGAUUAUAACUGUUUCUUUGAUGUCUAAUGUUAAAUUCACUGUCAUGUACAUUGAAAAAAUAAGUUCUGUAGAAUAAAUCUGAUUGUUCCCAUCAAACUGACAAAA